GACAGGAACCUAACAUACAAGUUGUACAAGUCAGCCCGACAUCCCCACUCCAGAAGCCACUCAUGUAUAUUCUUUAUCUGAUAUGACCAAAGCUGAAAACUCUGCCAUGUACGCUGGUUCAGGCGAAAAUGAAGAAGAUGCUAUUGAAAACAUGGACGAAGAAUUUGAAUCUAAAGUCAUGCAAGAAGACAGUGCAGUGGUUGACAAUAUGGACAUGGAACCGUACACUGUUGCAAACAUGUCCGAUCACGAAAACGAUCUCAUAAACGCCACAACUGUUACAGCUUGUUAUGAGCCUCAGGGUCCCGGUAACAAAGAAUUUCCAAACCCGAUAUACGAAGAAAACGUUUGCCAACAGGCUUCAGAUGACACUAGUCAUGAUGCCAAUGUACAUGUACACGAGGUUCGCAAUCCUACAAAUGCAGAGGAACAUCAAAAACCAGUGAACAGACCGGAUCCCCAGCAGGCCUCAGAUGACACCAGGCCUGACUCUGAUGUACACAAGGUUCACAAUCCUCCAAACGUUAAGGAACUUCAUGGCUGUUUUGCAGUGAUGAAUAAAAGUUGCUUGCUGGUGGCUUUGGUGUUUGUCCUGAUCUUAACUGGAGGGAUGACAUACGGAAUCAUCACAGGGGUCGAUUACAAUACCCAGGUAAUGCAAAAGGCUAGUCCUAUACAAGAAAUCAACACCUUGAGCACAUUGAAUGCAACAAAAGUGGCAAGCACAACUAAAUACACGUACACAACAGCUAUCAUCCAUACCUCUGAUGGCACCAACCCAAAAAUUCUUGGGACUAUCAGUGGUACCAACGCACCCAUCCUUGGAUACAUCGAUGGUACCAACCCAUCCAUCCUAAGGACCAUUGAUGGUACCAAGCCACCCAUCCUUGGUACUAUCAAUGGUGACAACCCACCCAACCUUGGGACCACUGAUGGUACCACCCCACCCACCCUUGGUACCAUUGAUGGUACCAACCCACCCAGCCUUGGGACUACCGAUGGUCCCAACCCACCCACCCCUUGGGUUAUUGGUAGUACCGAUCCACCCAACUACAAGAAAAAAACAGCCUGCGAGAAGAAGACCAUGCAUCUGACUUGUGCAGUGGAUGAGCUGAUUGUGAUUGACGAUGCCUUCUACGGUCGGAGGGAAAAAGAUCCUCCCUGCGGAUGUAGCUGGAUCCGGAAAUGUGGCACCAACUGUAAACAGAAAAAGAACAAGUAG